GGGAUCUCCUUGCUUUUGAGAGAUGGAGAUCGGUUUGGUCACAAAAGACACAAGCUGGUGGGUGUUUACUCUCCCUGUGUUUCUUGGGUCCGACAACAUUCUGGAUGGUUAUGUGUUGUCGGCUCUUUUCAUGACUUCUGUGAGCCUUGUGCUCUUGACAUGGUUUUAUGCUGUUGGUGGCGUUGCAUGGAAGAACGGGAGGAACCACAGAGGCCAAGUCCCUAUUCCCGGUCCUCGUGGUUUACCUGUCUUUGGUAAUCUCUUCACUCUCAGCCGCGGCUUGGCUCACCGUUCUCUUGCUUCCAUGGUUUGGAGCCGAGACAACACUCAGCUCAUGGCUUUCAGCCUCGGCUCCACUCCUGUUGUCGUUGCUUCUGAUCCGCAUACCGCGAGGGCUAUCCUGUCAUCUCCGAGCUUCGCUGACCGUCCGAUCAAGCAGUCUGCUAGGAGCCUGAUGUUUGAGCGAGCCAUUGGGUUCGCUCCCAACGGAACUUACUGGAGACUCCUGAGGAGGAUCGCUUCUGCUCACCUCUUCUCUCCCCGGCGCAUCUUUGCCCACGAGAGUAGUCGCCUGCUAGACUGCGCCACAAUGCUGCGUAAUAUAUCGAAAGAGCAGAAACAACGAGGCUUUGUUUCUCUGCGGAAGCACCUUCAGUUGGCUGCCUUGAACAAUAUCAUGGGUAGUGUCUUCGGGAAGAGAUACGAUCCUGACCGUCAACCUGAAGAGCUCGAGGAGCUUAAAUCGAUGGUGAGAGAAGGGUUUGAGCUGUUGGGCGCUUUUAACUGGUCCGAUCAUUUGCCUUGGUUGAAUUUCUUUUAUGACCCUCAUCGUCUAAACGAACGCUGCCUGAAACUCGCUUCCCGAGUCAGGAAAUUCGUAGGAGGCAUUAUCGAAGAGCAUAGACUUCGUGGAUUGAGUAAUCCAACGGAAGAUUGCGAUUUCGUUGAUGUUUUGCUUGGAUUGGACGGUGAAGAGAGGCUUCAUGAAGAUGACGUGAUCUCCGUUUUAUGGGAAAUGAUCUUUAGGGGGACAGAUACGACUGCUUUGUUAACCGAGUGGGUCAUGGCCGAGUUGAUUCUACAUCCAGCUGCGCAGGAAAGGCUUCGCCGGGAACUUGAGAGUGUUGUUGGAGGUGGCCGAAAUCUGAGAGACGCUGACGUGGCGAGGUUACCUUACUUGCAAGCGGUGGUGAAGGAAACUCUUCGUGUCCAUCCUCCCGGACCACUCCUAUCAUGGGCUCGUUUGUCCACGUCGGACUUCCAGCUCAGCAACGGAAUGCUGAUUCCCGCCAACACUACUGCCAUGGUUAACAUGUGGGCCAUCGGACACGACGCCCACGUGUGGGAAGAUCCCAUGGAGUUCAGGCCGGAGAGGUUUAUUGAGAGUGAGGGUGGUGCUGUCGUGGACGUGAGAGGUGGUGACACGAGACUCGCGCCGUUCGGGGCUGGGCGUAGGGUGUGCCCAGGCAAGAACCUAGGGUUAGCCACAGUGACAUUGUGGGUGGCUAAUUUGGUGCGCCACCGCAAAUGGGUUGAAGACGCGGCGCACCCGGUUGAUCUGAGCGAGGUGUUGAAGCUUUCUUGUGAGAUGAAGUAUCCUCUGCAUGCUGUGGUGGUUGUCCAAAAAAAUGUUAAUUAGUUUGUUAUAGUCUUAAUUGUAAAUUAAUCCUCUCUCAGUACUGUACUGUUGGUUUGCCUAAGUUUCCUAUGGUUUUUUAGAAUCUUUAGAUAUUAGGAUAUCAAAGUAAUGUGUGGAUUGAAGCUUGCAGAAAGGGCUCCGGUUUUGGGGAGAUGGUUUUUGAGGAGUUCCUUUUAAUUAAUAUAAUAAGUGCCACAUUUG